CUGGGGUGGCGCCCCGCAGAUCCGGAGCCCGCAGGGCAGGAGAGACCCGGGUGGCGGCGCCCCGCGUGGCCGCGCACACCCGCCGGUGCAGACUCCGGCCCGCAAGCCCCGCCUCCCGGGCCCAGCUGAUCCGCGCCGCCCUGCAGGCCCCACACUUCGGCCCCGCCGAGCCUCACGCCGCCCGCGCCCGCUGCCCCCGCGCCGCGGAUCCCGGUCCCGGCCGAGCACCUCGGCCUGCGCGCACGCGCGCGCGCGCCGGGAGGGCAGCGGGAGGCGGGGCGGCCUGCACGGUGCUGCGGAGCCGAGGGUGGCGCGGCCUCGCCGCGGCCAUGGAGGUCUACAUCCCGUCCUUUCGCCACGAGGACAGCGAUCUGGAACGCGGCUACACGGUGUUUAAAAUAGAAGUGCUAAUGAAUGGAAGAAAACAUUUUGUUGAGAAAAGGUACAGCGAAUUCCAUGCCUUGCACAAAAAGCUUAAGAAAUGUAUAAAGACUCCAGAAAUCCCUUCUAAACACGUCAGGAACUGGGUCCCCAAAGUCCUGGAACAACGGCGGCAAGGCCUGGAGACAUAUUUGCAGGCCGUCAUUUUGGAGAACGAAGAACUUCCCAAACUCUUCCUUGAUUUCCUCAAUGUCAGACACUUGCCCUCUCUGCCAAAGGCAGAAAGUUGUGGAUCUUUUGAUGAGACAGAAUCUGAAGAGUCAAGCAAGCUGUCCCACCAGCCGGUGCUGCUGUUCCUCGGGGAUCCAUACGUCUUGCCUGCAGCCAGCGAUUUUCCCAAUGUGGUCAUCGAAGGAGUUCUUCAUGGAAUAUUUUAUUCUCAUCUGCAGCCCAGGUAGAAGUCCUACCUGGCUGGAAGAAGCUGAAGCAAGUUUCAGUGUCAAUGGCAAGAACAUCAAUAGCUCGACCAAUUUACCUGAAACUCUGUGACAGAAUAGCUCUAGCUAGUGGGAAAAUUCAGUCCUCGCUUCCUUCAGAACAGGGACAUUUCUAUUAGAAUGGUGCUUUUAAAAUUAGAAACUGAACCAGGGCAGCAGCUUAUGUCCAAUUGUUGGAGUAAAAAGGGAGAUUCCAACAUGGGAAGUCAGGACAAGGAAGCCGCAAUGGAUUACUGGGAGCUCCGAGUGUCACCAAACAGAACCAUCUCUGCUUCAACUGCGCCAUUUGCUAAUUGGAAAUCAUAUCCUGAGUCCUGCUGACCCUGAGUGACUUUGGUGGCCUUUUGUUUGGACCUUGACAACACUCAUCUUUACAUCAUGAGAUUUUUCUCAGCGGGGGAUACCGUAUUCAGGGGUGCUGGCACCAAAAGAGAACCCUGGAACCCACUGCUAAGGGUGAGGAAAAAGCCAGCCUGGAAAUCCAGUUUUACUGACAGUAGAAUGCACUGAAGACUAGAAUGCCUUUAGUUCCCACUUCAGGGGUGUUGCCUCCCACCUACGGGUUGGCUUCCAGCAUCGGUGCUUGAGAUGAAAUGGGGUGUUGGCGCAAUCCUUGAGAGUCCCCUAGGAAGACACUAUACCGGAAGUCUGGCCUCCCCUUUUUUCCUCUAGUAUUGGAAAGUAUGAGUGCCCCGCUGAAGGCCAGUUGGCACCCCAGUGAAGUCCCAGGGGCCCUUUCCUGUAGGAAGAACACGCUUUAAACACUAGCCUCACACUACAAGUUCUUGUCCCAGUGGGAGUCAGAUGUGAGUUGACACUGGUGGCGGCAGGCACAGAUGAACUGUUUGUGUCUGGGUUUCCUCCAUGGUGCACAGUCAUGGUAUUGCCACAGGCUUUUGUGUGGUUGUUCUUCCAGGUUUCUCUUCGCUGGCAUCAUGUAUGGAUUAAUGUGAGUUCGAUAUUUGAAUAUGUCUUCUCUACUGGGUGUCAAACAGAUGGUCAUCUUUUGUAGAAUGUAUGUCCUACCUGUGUGUAUGUACUGAUGAACAUAACCUACUUAUGGUUAUAAGUUUUCAUAAAUUUAAAUGUUGGAGAAAAUAUGUACAGUUGAAAGUACCAUGUCAUGAAUUUUUAUUAGCGUCUAACCCCACAGAUUGAAAGCCUGCUGUGAACUUUUAAAGAUAACGUUUUUACAAUUGAUUGUGUAAUUAUAUGUUAGAAAUAAAGUAAUCAAGUGUCGUCAGCGAAAAAUAGCUAAAUGGUGAAGUAUUAGAGAUAAUUUUUAAAAUGUUUUUAUGUUACUAGCUAUUUUGAGUUAAAUAAAAGUGAACAAAAGUA